AUGCAUAGUCAUAACAAUAAUAAUAAAGAAAAUACCAAUAAUAAUGAUAAUGCCACCGAAGGGUACCAACUGUCUAGCGAGUCUGAUUCCAUCACUGAGGAUUUGGAACGGAUUGGGUCCUUCAGUUUGGAUAACUUGAACCAAUUGAAGAAAUAUUUAAAUGCCAGUAGACCUAGCUUUCAAUUUCCAAAUAUGCCUACUUUAGAAUGGCCUCAUAUCCAGAACUUCCCUAAAGAGCUAUCAGCCUAUUUGGCGCAUUAUAUCAGCAGUGAUAACCAAGCAGACAAACAGAGUCUUCCUCAUCUGAUCCAAGCGAGUUCAAACGCUAGUAGUACUGUUGAUAAUGAUGGUGCCGAACAAGAAGGAACAUUAGACCAUGAAACUUUGGUCAAUUCCAUAAAAACAGCAAUCUCUUCCAGAAUUCAAAUGAAUAAUCUUAUGAAAGACUUGCAAUUAGGUCUCAGCAUGAAUACAGCCGUGGAAAGACUACAAUUAUUGAAAGAUAUUGUACAUCAGGCGAUUCUUUUACCGGUAGACGAUUCUUCAGAUUUUGAAGAUGAUUAUCUGGAUUUGAACGGCCAUGAAGAAGUUAAUACUGAACCUGUGGGUGUUAGUGGCAUAGUUAAUAGGAACCAACCGAUAUUGAAUGAUAUCAUAAAUCCCAAUCUUCGGAUCCCUCACCGUUCAAAAAGACAUAAACACGGACUAAGAUCAAGUAGAUUCCAUUCAGAGACAGAAGAAAGUGCUGUGGAUGCCAGUGACAUAGAGGGGUUAACAAGCCAAGAUGUGACGAUUCUUACGGAUCUUGAUUCGUUAGAUGAUUUUUAUAAGGAAGAUUUGCUACGGAAAAAGAUCCAAAAAAUCCAACAGUUGAAGUCCAUUAGUCAACAUCUGAAGAAUAAACUCGUGACAAGACUUAUGAUGGGGAACUACUAUAAGUAUUUGAAUGAGAAAAUGGAGAAGAAAACUGGAACAAAGCCAUUUGCUCUUGAUAGACAAGAACACUUGGUUUUAGAAGUUGGGGACGACAAAAGUGAUGAUGAUAAUGAUGAUAUUAUCAGGGAAGAAGAAGAAGAAUAUAGCGAUAAUGUUGAUGAAGUUAACGAUAUUGAGGAUGACGAAGUCGAACUUACCCAACAAGAUUUAACGCCAACAUACUAUAACCAAGAAUCUAAAGUUAUGGGAUGUGCUCAUUAUCAAAGAAAUUGCAAACUAGAGUGUCCAACAUGCUUUAAAUGGUACACAUGCCGAUUCUGUCAUGAUGCCGAAGUCAAAGAUCAUAAAUUGGUUCGAUCUGAAGUCAAAUACGUUCUCUGUAUGAACUGCAAUAGUCCACAAGUGCCUGAACUGUCAUAUUGUGUUGAAUGUGGAUUGGAAUUGGCCAAUUACUUUUGCAAGAUAUGUGUGUUAUAUGAUAAUGACCCCACCAAAGACAUUUAUCAUUGUGAUAAAUGUGGGAUUUGCCGUUUAGGGUUAGGACUUGAUAAAGAUUAUUUCCAUUGUGAUACUUGCAAUAUUUGUCUUUCCAUAGAUUUGAAAGAGAAACACAAGUGUAUUAAAGAUACAACUCAUUCGAAUUGUCCUAUUUGCAAUGAGUAUUUAUUCACGUCGAUAUCACCCGUGGUGUUUAUGAAAUGUGGCCAUUCCAUUCAUCAAAGUUGUUAUGAUGAAAUGAGCAAACACAGUUAUAAGUGUCCUAUUUGUAAGAAGACAGUGGUGAAUAUUGAGUCACAGUUCCGAAUCUUGGAUCAAGAGAUUGCUCUGCAACCGUUACCGGAGCCUUAUAACCGUUGGAGAUGUAUUGUUAGUUGCAAUGAUUGCAAGGGAAAAUCGAAUGUUCCUUAUCAUGUGUUAGGAUUACGAUGCAAAUACUGUCAAUCAUAUAAUACGAACCAAUUGAAGUUGGUCAAGCCAGAAGAGGAGGAAGAAGAAGCAGAAGAAGAGGAGGAGGAGGAGGAGGAGGAGGAGGAGGAGGAGGAAGAAGAACAAGAACCAACCGGUGUUGGGAGUGAUGGGACCCCAAAACGCCACCACAGACCCAAGAAGGUUACUAGAUCCCGUGGUGAAUCAUUGUCACAAGUACCCAACACAUUGAUCAAGUUGGAUAUGGUGCAAACCAAUUUACAGAGCAAUUUCACUAUUGAGAACAACGGCUCGGUCGACACAGAGAUGAUAGAAGAUGAAGAGGAAGAUGAUUUCUGGGACGACAAUGAUAUUUAUACCAAUAGAAGAAACCAUGGGGUAAUGGAUUUCAAAGCGUUUACCAAUCGAUUACUCAAUCCCAAUAAUGACAACUGGCAAAUCCCGAACAUCAAGUCAGUGCUUCAGAGGUUUCUUAAUCAGCAUUUAAUAGAUGAAGGCAGCGACAUUUGA